AUUGUGUAGAUCAUUGAAUUCGUACGAAAUGCACUUCAAUCAAGACACGUUCCUGCUUUCUGCUACAAUGCAUGGCCAUAAGACUGGCCGACGAGAUGAUUUCAUCAUUUGACAAACUUCGGACCGUGUUUCAGGACAACCAUACACCACCAUAAUAGCUUGCCAAGAUGCUACUGUCCCUAUCGAGGGCGCAAUAAUCCCUCUCCCCCUUUUCAAUUCUUCUCUUUCGCGAAGAUAUCAGUGAGAAACCAACCUCCUCCUCUUCUUAUCAGAAACAUCGAUCAUGUUUCGAUUUCGACAAUUGUUUAGCCUUUUUGGCAUUCUUGCGUUUGUAGCAUAUACUCUGGCAUUUCCUCUUAAGCCCAGGGACGGAGCACCGGUAGCCAUCAGUUCUGCACAGACAAAACAAUACAUCAUUCCUGCUCAAUUUGCAUCUUCAGCUUAUUGUACAACUCUCAAAAGAGGAAGCAUCUUAGCCGAAGAUGCGAAAAUUUUAUACUAUGCCGGAGAUGGUCGUAAAAUCCAACGUGUUUAUGUUGCCCAUUCACCUUCGCAGGGUAUAAUAGUCGCUUAUCAAGGUACAAACACGUCUAGUAUUCAUUCUAUCGAAGAUGAUAUCGAACCUGUCCGGAAACACGUAGAUUCUCGUUUGGCAUUCUUGGGAAAGGACGUUAAAAUUUCAGACGGUUUUCAAGAUCAAUGGUUAUUAACGGCGGAUAAAGUGUUGAACGAAACAAAAAAAGCACUGAAACAAUAUCAUCAUUCAAAUUUACUCGUCGUCGGUCAUAGUCUUGGAGCAGCUUUGGCUUUAUUAACUUCUGCUUAUAUAUCUAACAAUAUAAACGCUACCCUUCAAACGGUUUUAUUUGGCCUUCCACGAGUUGGAAAUGAUGAAUUCGCAAAUGCGAUCGAUAAAUACGUUCCAGAUCAAAAUCAUAUCGUAAAUUAUCAUGAUCCCGUUCCACAUUUGCCCGGGAAAUCACUUGGUUUUCAAUCACCUUCCGGAGAAAUUUGGAUCAAUCACAAUGGCAGCUAUUCAGCACUUCGAUGUCCCGGUCAAGAAAAUCCUCAAUGCUCCGAUUCAGUUCCAUUUUAUGAGUACGACGUUGACAAUCAUCUUGGGCCAUACUUUGGCAUUUAUAUGGGCAGUCAUAAUUGUUCUGCCUCCAGAUACUGACAUAUACUCACACACUCUUUUACAUACGGAAUAUACAUAGAAUACAUUAAUGGAGAGCAAUACAUGCAAAUUAAAUCCUAUUCCAGGAUCGUACUUAUAUCAUUAUCAAUCUUGA